GAAGCAUAGGUCGGACAGUGAGCGCGAACAAGUACGGCUUCAGUUUGCGCCGAGUCCUCAACAUGGGAGCUGUGCUCUUUUGAUGCGUUCUUGCAAUAGAAAGGAGCCUUUUCCUUUUUAUUACUUACUAAGCGCGUCUUUAUUCCGCGUUUUCAUGUUUUCGGAUUUCUCUUUAUUAUCAAUGUACAGAAGAGGAACAAGAAUCGAUUAAGAUAAUAAAGUAGCAGAUUCAGUGUUUUAUAAAGAAAUAAUUAAACAGUGUAUACAGUGUAUAAAGUUAUUUCUACAAUUUCUUCUUUCAUCAUCAUACUGCCACGACCAAACGUUAUUUUCAGUCCAGUGAUGUCUUUGGAGGAUUCACGACGUUCUCAACGACCGUACAGAUACGGUAUGGUCCUUUUAUGCGUCGGAGCUCUGAUCAAUUGGCUAGGACUCGCGGAAAAUUAUGUUGAACCAGUUCGAUAUGUUGGAGUCGCUUGCAUAGUAGCAGGGGCACUUUUGAUUUGUGCAGCGAUGUGUUGCUGGUUACAUGCGCCGCCAACUCGGACUACUACGCACGCGCAACACGCGAAUCAUCCGAUUACGGCCCAGAUUGACGAUCCGAUCCACGUGAUCUCGAUCGACGAACCAUCCAGUGGUGCGAGACAAAAGCCACCGGACUACGAGGCUGUAACCGAUGCGCCACCUAGUUAUGAUGAUGCAAUCAAAUUGAAUCCUGGUCAUUUAAUUAGGCUAAGCACGAGUAGUACGACAGCCUUAUCAACAGAAAAUACGAUACCGGGAACCGUUGAACUGGUUCCCGGUGAAACAGUGCGAACACCGCCACCACCAUACGCGAGGUGAAAGGUUUGGGGCAAUCUAUGGUGAUUACGAAAAACAAGGUCUGCGGCACGCUGCAGCUUAGAAAAAGAGACUACCAAGAAGAAGUACAACAAGAGUCUUUUAAAAUUCUUCAUUAUGUGAAUGAAGAAGACACGUUGUACGUAAGUGUCAAUUUCUGCGAAAACUACCACGAAAGUGAUCUUUCGAAAGAGAUCAGCGAUUCGCAUGAAAAUAAAUUAAAAUUAUGAUCCUGUCGAGAAGAGACAAAAUGAGAUAAUGGAAACAAAAUGCAGAGUUUGAUCUUUGCGGACUGAUGUACCUACAAAUGUAUGACUUACUCUUGAUGCGUCGUCGAUCAUGCGAUCUGUCACUAUGAAUGUGAGAGAACCCAAAUUCGAAUUUUUUUUCUUUUCUUUUAAAGAGUGAUUUAAAUAAACAAUGGAGAUUAUACGACUGGAGAAAUUCUAACUAUUUGUUCACAAUACAACUGCCAAUUUGUGAUAAUUAUGAAUUACGCCUGAAUAUCUACGAAUGAUUCUAUGAAAUUAGUAUGUCGGAAUUUGUUUCUAGUUAUAUCGUUGUAUAUAGUUAAGUAUUAAUAUAUAUAUAUAUAUAUAUAUAUAUAUAUAUAUAUAUAUAUAUAUAUAUAUAUAUAUUAUCAUAAAUGUGCAAUGUACAUUGCAGGAAAUGAAACGUCAUGGUCGUCUCUCUUAACUCGAAAUUUAUGCAUAUGUGUGUGAGACCAGUAAUUAUAAAUUAUUUCAUUUCGUUCGAAGAUCCAUGUUGCUUUGUUCCUAAGAAUGAAGAACGUUGAUUAACGAUGCUGCUUAUAUUCAUUAUUUUAAUUGAAAAGAAUUAAUAGACUGCAGCGCGAAUAAUUUUAUAAACUUUUUGAUACUGAUCACAUUCACAACACACUCGGUUUUAUAUACUUUCAAAUAUUGUAUAUUUGUCUAUGGUAGUGAAACUUAAAAUUUGACUUUUUAGUUUUGCGUUAAGAAGACGAUUCAUAAAUCUAGUAAUAAUGUUCCUAUUCGUUUGAAUGAUGAAACGUUUUUUAAGAUCUUUUAUGCGAUUUUAGAUUUUUUUGAUCCCAUUAUUGGAAGCAGAUAAGUAAAAAUUAUUCGCACGCUUAUUAUUUGUGACAGUUGUAAAAACAUCACGUGUGUUGAGUAUCACUUCAUCAUCUCUGUAAGAUAAAGCCUUUUUUUAUAACGGAAAUAUAAAUAAAAAGAGUAAACUUUUAUAUA